GGGGAGGAGGGCAUGUGGAUAUGUGGGGGACACACUUCAAAAUACACUCCCCCAUCCAAACAGCAACUCCCCCCAUUUGAUUUGAAUGAAUUAUUGUAUGUUACUGUGUGUCCUCUUUGAAUGACAGGAAAAGAAAGUGAACUGCACAAAGUAUAUGUGAUUAUCGAGAUCAUCCCUCUCACUUUUUGUGUCAAAUUUGUAUCGCUUUGAUGAAAAUUGCUCAAAAUAGAUGUGAUUUAAUGCUAGUAAAUGUAAUUUUGAUAAUAAUACAUAACUAAUAGGUGGAACUGUAUGAACUGAAGACAGGUCAAGUCCCUCCUUCUGUCUCUUGUCUACUUCACUGCAGCUCUUUCACACAUACACAUACACACAUAUUAGUAUAAUACAUUGCAGCUGCUAAUGUUUCUUCUUUGAAAAGUCUUUUCAUUUUGUGGGCUGCAAUUUUUCUUUGGCUUUUCCAUUCAAAUAAUAUCAGCAAAUAACAGAAUUUUCAAGAACCAACCCAGGCAGUACACAUAACUGUUUUUUGUUUUGAUUACACAGAAUACUCUCUGCUUUUUUCUUCACCUUUGGUCCUUUGAAGGUUUGCAUGUUGUUGGAAAAAGAUGCCAAGACCAGGACCAAGACCUUAUGAAUGUGUUAGAAGAGCUUGGCACAGUGAUAGGCACCUGCCCCUUAGAGGUUCUUUGAUUCAGGAACUUUUUAGAAUUGUGAAUGAAGUUCAUAGCCCAUCCACCAGGAAAAACAAAGAAUGGCAAGAAAAGCUGCCUGUUGUUGUGCUAAAAGCUGAAGAAAUUAUGUAUUCCAAAGCCAAUUCUGAGGCUGAGUAUGUGGAUUUGAACACACUUUGGGAUAGAGCAAAUGAUGCUAUCAACACCAUCAUUAGGAGAGAUGAGAGUACUGAAACAGGAGUCCUCCUUCAGCCCUGUAUUGAAGCUGCUUUGCAUUUGGGAUGCACUCCUAGAAAAACCUCAAGGAGUCAAAGAAACAAUACUCCAAGAUGUUACCUUAAUCCAGGAAAUCCUGAGACUCCUACUAUUGUUCCCUUGAGCAAUUUAGAAUGCAAAAUCCAGGGAAAUUACGCCCCAAGUUGCUCAUUGAUCCCCCAGAGUUCUGAAAAUUCUGCAGCAAAUUUGAUGAGCCCCUCCAAAUACCUUGAUACUUUUUUCCCUAGUUCUUGUUCUGUUUACCCACUGUACUAUGGAAAAGAGCUGCACUUUAAAGACCCCAAGUCGUUGCCCCCUAUCCAGAAGGUUAAUAACAAUGAAGAUUAUGUGGUGAAAAAGAAGCUGCAUUCUUCCAGGGUACUGGAUGGUUCAAAUAUUGAUCAUUCCAAGCUUAGCCCUGAUACACCACCUGGAACCGGAUGCAAUUUGUCGUUGCGAUUAGGCCCUCUAGAGGCUUCAUCAUGCCUGGAGAAUGAAGUUGGAAUCAACUCCUGUGAUAAUGAUGGCUUAGAUAAGCCUUUGCCACGAGGGGACGAUCAUGAAUUUUCGUUCUUUCCUAAGAAAGGCGACGUUGAUCAUCUUAAUCCAGAAUGCUGCUCCGCUGUGAAAUGGAUUCUCGAGGCUCAAAAGCAAAAUGCUGAUCAGGUGAGUUUGAGAAAGAGGAAGCCAGAAGCUAGUCAUGCAUCAGCAGAUGAUAGGACAUUUUGUUGGCCACAGAAGAUCCCAUUUAAGCAAUUCAGCAGAACGGAUUAACAGAGAAUCUUAGACACUUGCAACUCACUUAAAUUAGUGCAGUAUGUAGUAAUUGUGACCGCAGGUUGUUAAAAACAGUAAGUGCUGCAACUUUUGUAUAAAAAUUAAAAGCUAGGAUUGACUGGUUGUAGCCUUCUUGUUUUGCCCUUCGGUACAUUUUGCUUCAGAACUGUGAAAAUUAGCCCCAGAAUGACUUCAUAUGGGAGGAAUAAAGCAACUUAAUGGAGUAUCACCUGAACCACUUUUUUACAUAGUAAUACUACUGAUCAAUGAUCAUGACGGGAAACUGGAAAGUACCAUGUGACAUGAAAAAAUGACUUAUUGCAUACAAAUGCAGAUAUUUGAAAGAAUGGAUUUCAGGGGUGUCAACUGUCAAAUAUACUCGGCUUAUGUCUAUGUACACCAAACAACCUCAAUCAUGUACAGUGCUACUACGCGAAAAUGUCCCGUUAUAUACAUUCAUCAGUUGAACAAGAAGAUUCAUCUGAAUUAUUUGAUGAGGAAGAAAAGGGGGAUGAUUUCAGAGAGGAAAGCAAAACAGUGGAGUUCAAUUCUAUCUGCAAGCGAUGAUGCAAGGAAUAAUAUGAAACCGGCCCUUUUUCCUCCUCUGUUUCGAGUUCCAUGAUUGGUAUAGCCGCGAGAAAUCUAUUGAUGAACUCUUUACAACAUUCUUUCCCACUGCAAAUCAUCUCCAUUUGAUCAUCUUUUGUUCCAUACACCGAACUUGAGUCAUCAAAUUUCAGUAUGUAAGCCUGAUUGCAUCCCUCAAACAGCCUUUCACCCAAAGUGUCAAUAAUGUAAUAGGCAUUGCUCUCCACUUUCAACACAAAGAAAUGAUCAUUCCAACUCACAAUGUAGAUCCCCGGCUCGCCAUCACGGUUUUUCUGAAUCCUCUCAACGAUGCCAUCCCAAAUAUCAUUGAAUGACAUAGCGCCUUUGAGAGUUUCAAACUUUUCAGGACCAAAGAAUCCUACGAAAGAAUCAUCCCGAGAAAUGGAUAUAGGCCGGAUAUCAGCACGCAACACGGUCUCAAGAUCAAAGUGCUUGUUGGGAAAAUCAUUGGUGUAGUAUUCAUUUUCGCAUAACUUUCGCCAUUCGGAUGAGCCUUGCAGGAUGAGAUCGUUGAAUUCAGGCCGAUUAGGCAUUGUCUCGUUGUUUACAUGGAGCCAAUGCGCGAUGAAGGCAACUAAGGCUGUGCAAGCACCUUCUCCUGCAGCCUUAUUGCUGCAUUGAUCAAAAGAAGCAAAGAAUACAUCGGUUUUUAGCUUUGUUAGUCCAUCCCUACUCGUUAUUUCUUUCGAUUCCCAUGAGCCAUUUGUAUCUUCUUCAACCUAAUAAGGAUCAUUCAGAUUCAUAUAGAAUACUUGUUAGCAUUUCUUUCAAAGUAGACUAACAAUCUAAAAGAGGUGACCUUUAUAUGAAAAGUAGUUUAUUACCUUUGGUGGAUCAACAUCAGUUUCAUGAUUAUUGUCAUUUUCAAUUGUUGUAAUGGUGGAUGAUUUAAAGCUCAAUCUCAUCUUUUUCCAAGAGAAAAUUCCAAUUUUCCUGUCUGGUUCCAAAUAUGGUUCUCCUGAAGUACUUCUUAUUUUUGCUGAUUUUGACCGGACUGGUUUGUCCAGUUUCUUCAGUUCCGGUCCAUGCAAUAGCCCACUUGAUUCAACCGAGUUAGAAACUUGUCUUGAAUAAUCUUUAAUCUCGACAAUAUCCAAUCUCACCUGCAGGUUAUUCCAUUCAAGUAAGCUAAUUAUAACAUUGUACCAAAAAAAAAUAAAAAUAAAGUAAGCUAAUUAAUUAUAACAGUUUCUUCAUUAAAACAGCUAAGUGGGACAAGAAAAUAAAACUUUCAUAUGGUCAUGUUUGUUGACCAUUUUACUUUGUAACAGUUGAUCAUUUAAUAUUGAACGAAAAGAUCAUGUAAAACAAACGAAUGUGUCAUCUACUGGUAAAUUUCAACAAAUUAAAGGGAGAAUAUGUCAACUAGAGAGGUUAAUUUGAACAAACUAAAGUGGGCGCCAUAAAGUUUUUCUUCAAUAUUAUUUUGUUUAUUAUCAUAUCAUCAACAACCCAAAGUUGAAUAACGACUUCAGCUAACACUAAUUAAUUAAUUAAUUAAUUAGUAAAUUAAUCUAAUGAAACAAUCAAGAAACUUUAUUGUGUAAUAUAAUGAGGUCAAUCUUGGACCACAUAGUAUACAAUGAUAGUAUUAUUACCCAACUUUAGCAAAACCGAUCUAGUCAAAGUAUAACUUGGUCAUUGGGAUAAUGAAUUAUGGUGUCUACGACAUGGUCAUUUAGAGUACUCAAUUCAAGGCAAAUUAAAGGUCAAUUCAUCACAAUGUCAAUUUUCCUCUGGAAUAUGCUUUUCUACUAAAUACUCUUAUGUCCUAAAAUCAUUACCCACUUUAGAAAUUUAUUUUCAACAUAAUUUCAACUAAAAAUAAAAAAUUUAAACUGGUCGAUAAUUUUAGGACGAGAGUGUUUGAAACCAUCCUAGGUAACUCCCUAAAUUAUCCCCCAAUGGCUCAAAAUGAAUAUGCAAUACGUUAAAAUUUACUUACUACAUGAUAUUUCAUAAGUGGAAUGGAGCCAUUGGUAUUGAAAAAUAGAAGAUCCCACAAAUGUAUAAACCGCAAAUAAAACAAAAGAUUAUACAAUUUAGUAACUAAAAUAUAUAUGUGAUUUCAUUUAAAUAGUUUGAGAAUAUGCAUUAUAUUGGAACUAAACAUGUUGGAGUUAAAGUUACUCACCAGUAAAGUAGCUUGCGUGGAGGCACCUUCAAAAUUGAGAUUAAUAGGCAGUUUUGCUUCAUUUCCAUUACGAUGAUCAUC